GUGCUGGGCUUCGCCAUCUCCAUCCUCACCCUAAUCGUAGUCACGGCCAUCGCAAUCACGCUCAGCGUCAGCUUCGAGAGAUGCGCCGCGGAGAGCAGCGGGGGUCUGGCAGCGAACGGCUCCAGCAACAGUAAGUGGAAACAGUCCCGGGACGGAAACAUCAGUCACAGAGACUCAGAAGACGGCCAGCAGCCCUGGAGACAUCUGCGCUUACCGUCCACCCUGCGCCCCCGCCACUACGACCUCCGACUGUCCGUGUACAUGGAGAACUUCACCUUCUCCGGCGAGGUGAACAUUGAGUUUGAAUGCGUCCGCUCCACGAAGUUCAUCGUGCUGCACACGGACCGGCUGGAG